GAUAUCUCCUGCAAUCAUGUUUUCAAAACAAUCGGAACCAACAUAAGGUACUUGAUUACAGCCAAGCAAGAAACCCAAAUUUGGUCUUCGCUCAUGAGGUUCGCUUGUGGGUUGUCUCGCCUCUCGACACCGUCGGGCGACAAGUUCAAGAUGAGAUGUCAGAUUCUAUUUAAAGGGCCUUUGCCAAUGGAUUAUCUCGUGUUGUUUAUCCUCAUGGUCAAACUUACACAUUCGAGGCAUAGUUUCCGAAAAUUUUCAAUAUUGGACACCAUCCACACCUUGACGCAUUACCGUAGCCUCUUUGUUCCAGAAUCAGCUACAAAUAUACGCCUCUCAAAUCACAGGCAGGCUAUUUUUGUAUACUUGUAUGUGUGUGCCUAGCAAAGACGCCUCAUUUACAGCCUCGUCUUUGUAGAUAUACUUCCUUGUAAUCUUGCCACUCUCACUAUUUCAUACUCCCAUCAUGCCGACCGUGAAGCAUGUAUCAUUGUGAGAUUCUGUUAUCUACACUCUACUCAAACUUAAAACCCUGGAGAAGGUCCAAUACUUAGACGUUUUGGACGAUUUAAAACAGAAGACCGCCUUCAAGUUCUUCAUAUACCAAAUAAUGCCGCCUUGGGGUUUAAGAUGGUUAAAAUUGUUUCUCAACCCGUACGCAGAUGAUGACUUCGACCACAUCGAUGAAUCCGACCGUAGAAAGUAUAUCUUUGAACGUCUUGAAGGGUCUGAUUUUUCAGAAAGCUUCUGGGUAGUGGUCGUUGCCGGAGUCGGUUUUUUCACAGAUGCAUACUCAAUAUUCGCAAUCAACAUGGUGAUUCCUAUGUUAGGGAUCAUCUACUAUGGAGAUCCUGUUAACAAGGGAACAAUGCCUCACAACUACGAGAUUGCUCUCAGUGUUGUUACAUUGGGUGGAUCUAUCAUUGGUCAAAUAGCGUUCGGUCUGGGUGCUGAUCUAUAUGGAAGACGGAAGAUGUAUGGGCUGGAGUUGAUGAUUACCAUAUUUGCAACACUAGGCGUGGUUAUGUCAUCUAGUGGCAUCGAAGGCUCGAUGUCCAUCAUUGUGUGGCUGUUGGUAUGGCGUUUUGUUUUGGGGAUAGGUAUUGGGUCGGAUUAUCCCCUUAGUAGUGUGAUCACUGCAGAGUUUGCUCCGCACAAACUCAGAGGAAGAAUGAUGACCGCAGUCUUUAUGUGUCAACCUCUGGGCCAAUUAGCCGCAACUUUAGUGUCUUUGAUUGCAGCUGCCAGUCAGAGGAAUAGCAUACCAGCAGAUGCUACGCCAGAGAAUUGUACUGGUGAAUGUCUCAAAACCAUGGAUUCUAUAUGGCGAUGGAUCGUCGGUGUGGGAGUGAUACCAGCAGUCAUUGCUCUUUGGUUCCGACUUACAAUUAUCGAAUCUCCAAGAUAUACAGCUGAUGUGGGUAGAGAUAGUAAAAAAGCAGCAUCAGAACUAAGCAGAUAUCUUCCAUCGGAGAUUGAAUCAGCAGCUGUAUCUACUACUUCCAUUGAAAUACCGCCGCAAUUCCAAUUCCGUGGAUCGACUAUGAACGGUAAUGAGCAAACAAGCUCCUCUGAAUCACGAAAAAAUAAUGGAGAAACGUUAGGCGAGAUUCACUUGGAGGAUCAGAUAUUGACAACUGCCAAUGAUAACAAACCUCCUCCAGUACCCUCAUGGGAAGACUUCAAAGAUUAUUUUUGGUAUAAAGGGAAUUUAAGGACACUUCUCGCUACCUCUAUGUGUUGGUUUUGUGUAGAUUUGCCUUUUUACGGACUUGGGAUGAAUAGUCCCCAUAUAAUCUCCACGAUCUGGCACGGCAUAGGAACUCCACCACAGUACAUAUAUCCUAUCCUCAUUGACGACGUAUGGCAAAGUCUUGUAGUUGUUUCGAUCGGUGCAAUUGCGGGUUGUGCUAUUACUUUUGUAGCUAUCGACAAAAUUGGACGACGAAACAUUCAGAUGAUCGGUUUCUUCUUUCUUUUUAUUCUUUUUGUCAUAAUCGGGGGGUCAUUUAAUCAUUUAUACAACAUUGGUGGCUCUGCUGCUACCAUCGUUUUGUAUAUUCUGUGUCAAAUAUUCUUCAAUUUCGGUCCAAACACCACCACCUAUAUUAUUGCAGCAGAACUAUUCCCCACUCGAUACCGUGCACUAUCCCAUGGGAUAUCCGCAGCAUUCGGAAAACUAGGUUCUGUCAUCGCCCAAUUAUUCCUUGCUUACGUAAACUAUGGUCACAACAUCGACUACAAUCGUAUCCAACUUUGGCUUCCAUAUUCACUUUUGAUCUUCUCAAUAUUCAUGCUCCUAGGCCUCUUAAUCACGAUCUUCUAUAUCCCCACACCUGAACUCGGUUCAGAUGGUGUGAAAACACUUGAAGAAUGGGAAGUUGGUAGACCGGCUAAUGGAUUUUCGAAAAAGUGGGUCGCUAGAACCAUUGCGGGAAUUUGGAGAUGGAGUUCAAGAAGCUGGGAUGGGAUCGUAGGGCUGAUUGAUAGAGAUGAGGGAGAGAGAAGGAGGGAACUGAGGGAGGUGAAGGAGGAGAAAAGAAUGAGAGGAAAUGAGGAUAUGAAUGGAGAAAUGCAAGGAAAUAUCGAUAGAGAUUGAGUUGGAUUGAAUUUUGAGAGAUGAAAGUAGAGAUCUUUAAGACGAAGGAAUUUUAGGGUAAUUUCUAUCUUGAUUUGUUUAUGUUGGGUCGCACGUUUUUCCAACAUCACGUAGUCAAACAGUUCUGGGGGAUCUUCGAUACUGGCUAGGGUCUUCGGGUUACAGAGGAUUCUGCAUCUAUAUCUAGACUUCAAAGUAUGAGGGCUCUAAGUAAUGUGUGAUAUGUAUAUCA